GUCAAGACAGCUCCUCAUCAGAAUUCCACCCAGUUGGAGCAACAAUGACUUCCCAUGUGAAACUCCGGAGGGAGAGGGUCAGUAUGGUGGAGUACGACACACAAAUCAAAGAGGUGCGUUGCCAGCUUGCAGACCAACUGAAGGUGUUGGACUUGCAACUUGAGCAGAAAAGCCAGCUGCUGCAGGACCUGACAGACUACCUGCGGCGACGGGGUGAGAUUGAAAGCGACUAUGCCCGCUCCCUUGAAAAACUCACUGAAAGGUUCACCUCCAGAAUUAAGAGGAAGGAGCUCAGCAGUCACUCAGUGGCACAAGUCUGGCUGGCUCUGCUGUCUCAGACCCGCCAGGAAAGUAAGGACCAUAAUGGACUGAGCGAGAGCUGCAGCAAUAUCCUCAUCCAGCCCCUCACACACUGUCUAGAGUUCACUCAACGCCUUGCCAAGAAGAGUAAAGACAUCUGUUCUCAGUUACAAGACGGACUACUCAAGGUUACCACAGAGCUACAGACCGCAUGGCGGACAUACUACCAGUACCACUCAGACUAUGUGUGUGCAGAAGGGAAGCUGAAGGAGGCAGAGAAACAGGAGGAAAAGCAGAAGCAGAGUGCCUCUAAGAAACUGGAGAGGUUGAUAGAAAAAAGACAAAAUAAGGUUCAAGAGAUAUACCUGAAGUGCAGCAAGGGCCGAAAUGACUACCUCAUAAACCUGGGUGCAGCCAAUGCCUCAAUGAAUAAGUACUACCUCCAAGACAUCUCUACUCUCAUCAACUGUGCAGAUGUAGGCUACCACCUCUCUUUGGGCCGGGUGAUGCAGGCCUACCUGUCCAGACGGUCGCAGAUUCAGCAGAACCUGAGCACGGGGCUGCAGCAGCUUCAAGGGGCUGUGUCCGGACUGGACCAGAGCCAGGACAGAGACACCCUCCUGCAGGACCAUUACAACACCUUCUCUAUGCCCCUUCGGUUCGCCUAUCAGCCCCAUGACGGGGACCAGGUUUCUGAAGUCAGUGCAGAGUGUGAGAUGAGAUGCGAGCUGGAGACCAGAUUCAGACAGAUACAGACCAGACUGAAAGCAGUCACCCAGGAAACAGAGGAGGCCAGUAAGAACAUGUCAGCAGCCCAGUCUUCCCUGCUGGAGAGUAUCAGUGAUGAUGAUCUGGAGCCCAGCAGCGGCAGCGGUUCGUCUCAGGACGGCAGCACUGAAAACCUGACGGUCAAGCCCAGUGUGGCCAGGCGCAGGGCCAACCUGCAGGAAAUAGAAAACGUCUACUUCACUAGAGUAAAAGAGUACCUUGUUGGCAGUUCGCUGGUAUCUAAACUGCAAGCCAAACAUGACCUGCUUAAAGUGGCUGUUGAAAAAGCUGAAGCAUCAAAUGUACAUCAACGUAGACACAAUGGAAAGUCUAUGCGUGUCAGGAAGAAUCACUCAAGUGUCAAUUUGAUGCACAACAGCAAACUUUUCACUGGGGACAUGCUAUCUUUCAUACAGGCAUCAGGGCAACAGAUUCCAAUUGUUGUGGAAAGCUGCAUUCGCUUUAUCAACCUCAAUGGUCUCCACCAUGAGGGGAUAUUUAGGGUGCCGGGGUCUCAGAUGGAGGUCAACAACCUGAGGGAUGCAUUUGAGCGAGGAGAGGACCCCCUGGCUGAGCAGAGAUAUGACCUGGACUCUGUGGCUGGAGUGUUGAAGCUCUACUUCAGAGGCUUGGAGAAUCCCCUCUUCCCCAUCGAAAGCACCAACCAACUCCUGGAGCAGUCUCAAAUAAAGGACAAGACAGAGAGAGCAGCUCAGCUCAAAGCGAUCAUCUCUUCCUAUCCGGAGCCUGUCAUCAUUGUCAUGAGAUACCUCUUUGCAUUCCUUCAUCAUGUCUCGCAGUACAGUGACGAGAACAUGAUGCAGCCUUACAACCUGGCUGUGUGUUUCGGUCCCAGCCUCGUCAGAGGGGCUCAAGUUGAAGAUGCUGUCACCCUGCAACCUCAGAUCAACGCCCUGGUGAAGAGCAUCAUCCUCCAGCAUGAAAGCAUCUUCCCCAGCCAGAGUGAAGUACAAGGACCCGUGUAUGAGAAAUGCAUGACACUGGAACAGGAUGACUGUGAGCCUCUCAAUGAAGAAGGAGAUGUGGACGGAGAGUACGCUCAUGGCAAAGAUGAGUUGGAAACAGGCUCCUCGGCCGCCAACAGCACCAGCUCGUCUGCGGCACCGCCACAGAAAAGAGCAGAGCGUCCCCGAGCCAACAGCAGCGGCUCCGUUGACCAAAAUAGGUUAACAGGUGGGCCAGCAGGGGGCGGCAUCGCCUCAGGUGGAAAGUUGAUGCCUCAGAUUCCCGUCGGGCCACAGUGCAAGCAACGGCCGGUCCCCUCUCCUGGGUUUGUGCGUAGAGAAUUCCAGGAACAGUCAUCUACGGAGGAUAUUGUUCAAGUAGACAAGGAGGUCUGUCGCCAGAUGGACUCGGUCUUCAAGGAGCUCCUCUCACGGCAAGCACUGCAGGAUCCCUCCUCUCCCUCUGUCCAAGCUCCCCAAAGGAAAGGGAGGCGGGAUGGACGUAGAGGGAGAGGAGCGGGACUCUUCAAAACAGUAGAUCCACUGGACUGAGAGGACUGGCAUCAGUAGAUGACAUGAAAAGAGGGAGAGAUGAUACAAAUCAAAACUGAGCUGUAGGGUGAUGUCCUCUGACAGUACCUUUCAGCCCAUCAGUUUCUAGAAAACUGAGAUCACUAACCCAUAGUCACGUCUUUGAGGUCCCUGUGAUUGGUCUAGGCUUCAUUUCACAGGGUGGCUCCCUACUCAGAAGCCCUUUCAUUCAUGUUUUGUGCAGCAGAUCCCUGUUGUGACUGCAGAUCUACAGUACAAUGUGGAAACUGGUGGAUUACUCGAAAAUGUGCAAGUUAAUGUACAGUUGAAUGCAAUUAAGAAACCUAUGACUUUAUAUCUAAAGCUGUGGUAAGGGUUGAUAUUCGACUGUUUCCAGUUUAAGCCAAAUUUUCUCCGUGAUUUUUUUUUUUUUUUAAAUUGUCAGUACAUGCAUAUCUACAUCCAACCACACAUACAUUCUUCAUCAAAUGUCCAUUUACCAAAAUGAGAAGAGUCACAAAGUUGAUAAGACAACUGUGAAUACUGAAGCUGUAAGAAAUUAAUUAAUUAUUUUAAGGAUUUGUCGACAAACAUAUGACUUGUCUAUAUAUCUGGCCUGCAUGCCAAAUAAAUAUUUUGUCUGUUCUCUCUGCUUUCCCUCAAUAUAAGGACUGGAAAAUGUGGGACAUGUAACUUACAUUUCUAUUACUUUAAAAGUUGGUUAUUAUGAGGUUUAAAAUAUAUGAUAGAAUAAUUUAGUAUUUUGAUUAUUUUUGGAUAA